GAGACACAACAAUCGGUCCAGAUCUCAUUCUGUCAGAAGAGGCAAACAUUCAAGAUCCAGGUCACGCUCCAGGCAAACUAGAUCAAGGUCUGUUGUCAUCUCAAGGAAGAACAGAAGGUCCACAUCAAAAUCUAGGUCUCGCUCACCACGGCAUAGAUGCCAUUCAAGGAGUAAGUCUCAAUCCAGAACAAAUCCUUCAAAAUCAAGGUCCAUUUCGAAAUCAAGGUCUGAUCUAAAACUGGAAACCGAAUUGAUUGAGAAAGAUAUAGAUCCAGCAGUGGACAAUAGUAAAAGUUGUGAAACGCAAACAAAUGCGUCUCAAAACACAACUGAGAAUGAACAAGAUCCAACAGUGACUGUGAAAUCUGACACCACGUUGUCUGAAACUGCAUCCAUCAUCUCAAAUUCUGGUUUCAAUGCAGUUGGUGUCAGAGGAUCUUGGCGACCAGUUCCCUUCUUGGCAGAGCCAUCUGAGACCACGUCUUCACAAAAGUGCAUUACACCUGAGGUGACUUUGGAAGUGACCAAUGUGUCUGAAGAACCUUCAACAUUCUCAACUGUUAAGCCAAAAGAUUCAGAGGAUGCUGCCAGUCCUGAGAAGAAAGAAACCAAUGAGAAUCCAACAACCAGUGAAGAAACCUCAGUCGAGAAAAACUCAAUGUCACCAUCCCGAUCUCUCAGUCAAAAAAGAUCCAAAGUAGCUGCACGAUCCAGAUCAAAGUCAUCAUCAAAAAAAAGAAAGUCCAGGUCGUCUUCACGCAAGUCUCGAUCACCCUCUGAAAGAAAAACGCACAAGUCUAGAACAAGCAGCAAACGCUCAAAAUCGAGGUCGCCUGAGAAAAGGGAGAGAUCAAGAAAGAGGUCACACUCACGUUCGAGGAGGAGAUCCCGGUCUGGUUCACGUCGAAGAAGAGGUUUGGGAAGCCAAACACUAAAUCAGCGGGACAGAUGGAAACGAGAACCCAGUCGCUCUCCGGUCCUCAUUCUCCGUAAAAAAAGCUUGGCAUCCAGAACUCGACACAGCACCAGCAAGACGCCUCCACGUCUUACAGAACUUGAUAAAGAUCAGUUGCUGGAAAUAGCUAAGGCUAAUGCUGCAGCUAUGUGUACCAAGGCCGGUGUGCCAAUCCCGGAGAGCCUCAGGCCCAAAGCUUUUCUUCAACUUCCCUUGCCAACCUUAAAUUCCACAUUCUUGUCUUUAUACUUGCCAAUGAUGUCAAACAUGACGAUGAACGCUGCUAUGGCUAGUAUGACUGCAGCCACCAUGACCGCUGCUUUGUCCAGCAUGGGUGCUUUGUCUUCCUUGCCACAAAUGGCACCAUUACCCACAAUCCUCAACAAGCCACCAUCUACAACCACACAGAAUCUCGCCAGUAUUGAAGAAGCCAAAAAGAAAGUAACAAAACAGGCGAACAGCUUCAAUAUUAAAGAGCUAACAGAGAGAUGCAAAAAGAUAACUGAGAAUAAGGAAGAGAUGGCCAUCGCAAAACCACAUGUGUCAGACGAUGAAGAGGAUGAAAGGCUAUUUGGAGCUUCCCUUAAGGAGAAUAAGGGCAUCACAUUCAGUCUCAGUAACACCUCAAUAAAGCCAUCCGUCCAAACCGACGCGACCUUUGCUAAGGAGUUCCUGGUGUUUCCCGGCUCGCAACACAAGAAUAAAGAGGCUGAUGGUGGAUAUGGAGCAUGGUUACCUGUCAAAAAGAAAACAGUAAAGCCAUCUGCAUCGGGUUCUUCUAGGACUGUGGACAUUUAUAGUGUUUUUCCUAAAGCACCUUCUCGACCAGUGGACAUCACGUUGGCUGUCAGUGAGAGAGCAGUUGCCCAGAAGAAACUGGCGGAAAACUCUUCUGACAUCAAUGCCAUAUGCAUUCUGAAUCGGGCUCAGGAGCAAGUUGAUGCUUUGGCCCAAUCCAACACGAUUCCCGGCCUCUGCACAGGCUCAGCAGGCGCUCAAGUGCUCUCAUCUGAUGAGCUCUCUAACAGCGGCCCGCAAGCGUGGAUUAAGAAGUCUAAAGAUGACUGCUUCGUCAAAAGGGCCUGGUCAUGCAUUAACUGCAAUCAAAACAAUGUUUGCUCUUGGGAUUUGGCAUCCAGUGGGUACAAGGUUGAAGCUCGAGGGUCAGUCCUUGUAGCUGCCUUGUUGCCAUGGUCACAGUCAGGCCCCUUCUAUUCACGUCAGAUGCUCGGCCGAUGAUGGGGGUCUAGGUAAGUACGUCCUCCAGCAUCCAUGCAUGUGGAUUUGUGUGUGAACUGAUUUAUUUCUGCCAUGUCCUCCUGUUUGUUUACAGUGAGCUGCCUCAGAACCUGAGAUCUGUUCAGGGUGGUAUUAUUGACCUUAAAUUAUUUGUGUUAUGU